AUGAAAGAAGAGAAAACAAGCGAUCAGAGGAGCAGAGGGAAGACGAGAGAGAGAAUGAGGGAGAGCGGAACCGCGGAGAAGAUGGGGUCAUUGGGGCCAUGGGACAUCACGGUGCCAGCAUACUCUGCAUUUCCGUUGUGGAUAUGUCUUGUUUCCAUUUGUGACAUAAUUAUGUUGUACUCUAUAGAAAUAAGAAGUUCUAUAGAGAACGAAGCGUUCCUCAGUUAUCUUGCUUAUUCUAUUUACCUUAAUUGUCCUAGUUACCCUAUAUGUCUUAGUUAUCCUAUUUCUUCUAGUUACCUUAAUUGUCCUAGUUAUCUUAUUUAUUCUAGUUACCUUAGCUAUCCUAGUUACCCUACUUGUCCUAGUUAUCCUUAUUAUCCUAGUUACCUUAAUUGUCCUAGUUACCCUAUAUGUCCUAAUUAUCCUAUUUCUUCUAGUUACCUUAAUUGUCCUAGUUAUCUUAUUUAUUCUAGUUACCUUAGCUAUCCUAGUUACCCUACUUGUCCUAGUUAUCCUUAUUAUCCUAGUUACCUUAAUUGUCCUAGUUACCCUAAUUGUCCUAGCUAUCCUUUUUAUUCUAGUUACCUUAAUUGUCCUAGUUACUCUACUUGUCAUACUUAUCCUACUUAUUCUAGCUGCCUUAAUUGUCAUAGUUGCUCUACUUGUCCUAGUAAUCCUACUUAUUCUAGCUACCUCAAUUGUCCUAGUUACCCUAAUUGUCCUAGUUAUCCUAUUUAUUUUAGCUACCUUAAUUGUCCUAGUUACCCUACUUGUCCUAAUUAUUCAAUUUAUUCUAUUUACCUUAAUUGUUGUAGUUACUCUACUUGUUCUAGUUGUCCUCUUUUUUUUGCUUCUAUCAAUAAACAAUAA